AUGUCGCUGAGAGUAGCUACACGCGCGCUCAUGGCGCCAGCUAAGAGUUCGUCCACGUCCACAAUGACAGCGAGGGCGGCAACAUCGACAAGAGGGCUUGCAUUGACACCCUCCUCCUCAAUACCCUCGUCAUCGUCGGGCUUGGUAUUGCGCGCGUCAAGAUGGCAACAGACAAGCAGUCUUACUUCGAAACCGGCGUCGUUGUCCCUCUUCACGCCAAGAAGCGACCUAUCGGCAAGCGCCUGCAUACGCGCAAUCCACACCACAUCGCCCGUCCAGUUCAAGCCCACUUCGACCGCAAAGGCCAACGAGAAGCCCUCCGAAUCCAACACUCACAGCAAGCCAGAAGCGGAAUCCGAAGCAGACGCCGACGCUCCUCCACCGAAAGCCACCCUUCGCGAGCGUCUGAAGUUCCUCACACGGCGGUAUGGCUGGUGGGCUCUCGGCGUCUACCUGGCCGCUUCCGCCGUCGACUUCACCUUGACUCUCCUCGCCAUCCACAUGCUGGGCGCAGACCACAUCCGCUCGCUCGAGGCAUCGCUGCGCAAAUCCAUCGGACUGGAGCAGCGCUCCGACGACGAGACCUCUAGCGAGCCGGCCAAAGGCACGAACCCCAUCUGGACUGAAGCCGUACUGGCGUACACGAUCCACAAGACACUGAUGUUGCCCCUGCGCGUGGCGUUCACCGCAGCAGUCACACCGAGCUUUGUCAAGUGGCUCGUCAGGAUGGGCUGGGCCAAGGCAAAUCACGUCGUCAAGGCGCAGGUUGGCAGGAAGGCCGCGGACAGGGCGAUUCAAGACGUCGUCAAAAGGAACGCCGCAGGCAAGGCAGCGGACGUGGCGAAGCACCAGUAA